CCACGCCACUUUGCUACCGGGAAUAUUCUACUCAUGCCCUCCUCAAUGAUUGGGUAUAUAUGUGGCAACACCUUUUGGGCCAAUCCUGCGCAAUUCGUCACCGUCGUCGGCGUCAUUCAGUCGCUGCCUUUUUUUUCUUUUUCUUGGAGGGGUUCUUGGAGCUGCGGUUUCAGUUGCAGCUGGGAAUCCAUCAGAGUUGUGAGAAAGGAGGAGGAGGAGGAGGAGCAUGAGGCUGCUGCUGUGGGCGGCCGCCACAUGGCUGGCCGUCUGCGCCGCGGCGCACCCUGGCAGAGGCGCCGGCGGGGAGCAGCCGCUGUCGAGGAUCGCCGUCGAGAGGACGGUCCACGCCGUCGACAACGCGGCGCGCGUCAAGGCGUCCCCUUUGGUUCUUGGUCUGACGGGUGAAAACACUGAGUGGGUGGAUGUGGAGUUCUUCCAUCCGAACCCAUCCGGUGACGAUUGGAUCGGUGUGUUCUCUCCUGCCGAUUUCAGUUCUGCAAUCUGUGAGCCUGAGAAUCAGAGGCAGUAUCCCCCAGUGCUUUGCACAGCACCUAUUAAGUACCAAUUUGCAAAUUUCAAAAAUGAUGACUACAAUAAGACUGGAAAGGGAUCUUUGAAGCUUCAGUUGAUCAACCAGAGGGAAGAUUUCUCGUUCGCGCUUUUUUCAGGAGGUCUCUUGGCGCCUAAGCUGAUUGCUGUCUCCAACAAAGUGGCAUUUGUGAAUCCAAAGGCACCAGUGUACCCGCGUUUGGCGCAAGGGAAGUCUUGGAAUGAAAUGACAGUCACCUGGACAAGUGGCUAUGACAUUACAGAAGCAGUUCCUUUUGUUGAAUGGGGUGAGAAAGGAGGACGCCAGUUUCUUGCUCCAGCUGGCACAUUAACAUUUGACAAAAAUAGCAUGUGUGGCGCACCGGCUCGGACUGUUGGUUGGCGCCAUCCUGGCUACAUUCAUACUAGCUACCUGAAGGAUCUCUGGCCAGACUCACUGUACACUUACAGGCUUGGCCAUAGGCUAAUGAAUGGUACUCGUAUCUGGAGCAAGUCAUACAGCUUCAAAGCAUCGCCUUACCCUGGACAAGAUUCUUUGCAACGAGUUGUCAUAUUUGGGGACAUGGGAAAGGCAGAAGCAGAUGGUUCCAACGAGUUCAACAACUUCCAACCGGGAUCACUGAACUCUACUUACCAGAUCAUCAGAGACCUGGAAAACAUUGACAUGGUGGUCCACAUUGGGGACAUUUGCUACGCUAAUGGAUAUUUGUCACAGUGGGAUCAGUUCACUGCACAGGUCGAGCCGAUUGCUUCGACGGUGCCAUACAUGAUUGGCAGUGGUAAUCAUGAAAGGGAUUGGCCUGGAACUGGGUCUUUCUAUGGGAACCUCGACUCCGGCGGAGAAUGCGGUGUUCCUGCUCAAACCAUGUUCUACACUCCUGCUGAGAACCGUGCAAAAUUCUGGUACGCCACGGACUACGGCAUGUUCAGGUUCUGCAUUGCUCACACAGAAGAGGACUGGAGGCCGGGGACCGAGCAGUACAAGUUCAUCGAGCAAUGCCUGUCCUCUGUCGACAGGCAGAAGCAGCCAUGGCUUAUCUUCCUUGCACACCGUGUUCUCGGGUACUCCUCCUGCGCAUACUAUGAAUCCGAGGGCACGUUCGAGGAACCGAUGGGGCGGGAAGCUCUGCAGGAGCUCUGGCAGAAGUACAAGGUCGAUCUCGCCUUCUACGGCCAUGUCCACAGCUAUGAGAGGACAUGCCCAGUCUAUCAGAGCCAAUGCGUUGUCAAUGCAUCGAACCACUACAGCGGCCCGUUCCAGGCGACGACGCACGUCGUCGUCGGCGGCGCAGGAGCCAGCCUCUCGGAGUUCACCACCUCAAAGAUCCAAUGGAGCCACUUCACCGACUUCGACCAUGGGUUCGUCAAGCUCACGGCCUUCAACCAUUCCUUCCUGCUGUUCGAGUACAAGAAGAGCCGCGACGGCGACGUGUACGACCAUUUCACGAUCUCGCGGGACUACCGGGACAUCCUCGCUUGCUCCGUCGACAACUGCCCCCGGACCACACUGGCUUCCUGAGGUCCCAGUAGGUUUCAGACAGGGAAUUCAGUUCAUGGGGUCUCUUGGUCUUGGAGCAAUUUAGUUGCUGUACAUACAUAACUUAUUUUUCUUAGGAGUGCACCAAUAAAUGAGCAUCUCUUUUUUUUUCUGUCUAUGUUAUUUUGUUGUACCUGAAAUUUACCCAGCGGUAGUUUUUUUUU